CCACGCUCGACUGACAUGGCAGACCCUACAAAUACGCCGUCUGAUGGUGAUCCUCCGCAGCAUAGAAAGACGGGCGUUGCAGCUGCUGCUAAAAACAUUGCUAUGCCUAAUGUGGAUGAUGAUGAUGACUUUGAGCCACCCAAAAAGAAGUGCAAUAUCUCAAUGGAUGCCCCAAAUAAGACGCAGAAGCUCAACAUCAGAUGCAACCCAGGAGAUGUUCUUGCGUCCAUUCAGAUAUUGAAUGAAAGGCAACGUCAAGCUAUAGUCAGAAAAGGAUUUUCUAGUAUUCUUGACAUGACAAUUGAUGCAAUUGGAUGUCGAACACUUCUCUGUUGGCUCAUGCAGAAGCUAGACCCCAGGGACAUGACUCUUCGUAUUGGUCCAGACAAAGAACUCAAAAUCACCAAGCAGACUGUCCAUCAGAUAUUGGGUCUUCCAAAUUUGGGUGGUGGAAAGCCCCUUAAUAUUAAUGAAGCGAACGCUGCGGCAACACUUCGGGCCUCAUUGAAUAUUAGCAAGGAUGAGUUUGUUAUUUCAAAGCUCCAAGACAGAUUGAGGCUAGGCCAGGAUGAUGAUCUUUCUAUCAGAUGUUUUUUUCUCAUUCUCUUCAACCGGCUGCUAUUCCCAACAGCUAGCUGGUCUAUUUCUUUCAAUGAGGUUGUACUUACAGAAGAAAUGGAGCGAUUCCCUCAAAUUGAUUGGUGCCAUCUAAUUUUUAGUGACUUAUGUGAGGCUGCCCAGAGAUGGCACAACAGGAGCAUUAACAAUGUGUCGGCGACGAUAUAUGGCUGUUCCAUCAUUGUUCUUCUGUAUUAUUUGGAUCAUUUGCAUCAUGCUGCUGCUCCAAACAACAAAAAUGGCACUCCACGCAUAAAGUAUUUUAAUAAGAAUAUUAUAAGGGCGUUGUCAAUGGCCGAUAAGCGGAAGCCUCGCCAGGGUGGUGAACCAUUUGGUGUUUGCCCUUUUCGUAGCAGCAGUGAGACAUGUUACGUCUCAAAAUCGCCAACUACUUGCCAGAUUGAGUUUCCUAUGAGGCCAAAAACUUUUGAUGAAGACCCAAAUCAACAUGAUCGACUUCCCAAUAUAAUCAUCCAACUUCCUCUUAUGCAAGACUUGAUGGCAAAUAAGAUUCAGAUGCUUCCUGUACAUCAACGCCAGAAGUUCCAAGCUACGUUGAUUGAUUAUGACUUAGAGGUUGGCAAAAUAUUUGCCUCUAUCAAGCAAUGUUUGAAUACUAUUGGUACAAAGCAGUCCAAUCUAGCUGCUACAUUUGGAGAAUUGAUUGAUGAGGUUCUUCGGGCCAAUGAAUCUGUUACACCAAAUACUACAGUGGUAGGUGGCACAGUUGAAAAUGAUUCUGGACCAGUAUUUGACAAGACUCCUAUUGGGAGUGUUUCUGCACCAGGUCUCUUCUUAUCUGAAUUAGAAUGUGCUCGGGCUCUUCGGGCAUACUUGUGUUCUAGGUUCAUUGAAUUGGACAGAAAUAUAAUUGACUUUGGUGAACAUCGCGCCAAUUGUUGUGACAUACAACAAUCUUUUGCUGAUGGCGCAUGUCUCGACAACGUGUUUAUGCAAUGUUUCAUUGAGUGUGUCCGCGAUGACUGGUCUAAACAUAUUCCUCCACUCAAUGCUCACCAGCUCAUUCUAGAUGUUAAUGUUGGGGCUAUAUUGAACUUUGAGGAGCAGGAGCAACAUAGUAAGUCUCCUCGUCCAUUUGACCCUUCAGUUUUGGAGAGUUACCUAUUGAAGACACUGCCUUCUUUCAAGCAGCUGGAUGACUACAAAUCAAUAAUGGUACCCAUGCUACGAUCUAGACAUUGGACAUUGUAUGUUGUUAAUCUUCAGAUUGGACGCAUACAUGUGUUAGAUUCCAACCCUUAUGGACCAGAGAUGGGUGGGACUAUCUGGAAAAAUUACCAUUGUAUACCUAUGGAUUUGGGUGAUAGGAAGGUUUCAUGGGCCAGGUUAAUGAUGAGUAGGCUCAAUCUAGCUAUUCAAAAUGCUCGACCAAGAUCAGCUCUCCCUGCUUUUUUGAAUUACCCUAUUGAACUCAUGAAUAACUGCCCAACAAUGAAAUUGGGGUCUAAUGAUUGUGGAUUCUUUGUCAUGAGAUAUAUGCAGAACUACGACUACAUGGUUGGAGCUAUGAAUGCAGUCAUUGAUCCGGAUUAUUCAGAGGACAUUCGCUCUCUUGUACUGCAUUACCUAAUAUUCCAUCGACUAAAUAGAAACAGCUUCGUGGUCUCCCAUCUGGACAGAUUCAAGUUCUCUCAGUAGUAGCCUAGUAUAGUUUACUAUCUUAAUAUUAGUAUGAACAUCAUGGUCUGAUGGCUUUUGGUGGCUUCAAGUUAUCUCAGUUCUAGCUUAGUUUAGGGUAGUGUCACUGAAUGGUGUUCAUGUAAAUAUUGGUCUGUUGGCUUAUGUUAGGAUUCAGAUAAUACUUAUGUCCAUAUGCAGCUCUUAGCAAACUCUUAUAUACAUCGUACCAGAUAUGUUUUAGAUGGUUAUAUUUAUAUAUGAUAGUUCUGCACUUUAUCA